CCCCCCCCCCCCCCCCCCCCGGACCAUCUCCCCAACACAAGGUAGACUCAUCCUGUCGCACAGGUCUGUGACACUCCAUACCCGGCCAGAUGAAAUGAACAAAGCCCCUCAGCCAAUAGCUGCACCCCCCUCCCCCAGACUCCCUCCGGCCACAUUUCCUCUGGGUCAGCCCCCCAGCGUUGUCUUUGGAACCCCACCACCCCAGAUGAACACAGUGCCCCCACCCCGCCAGUCGUACUACCAGCCCCGCCCUGGUUUGCCUGGCUCCACCCCCCGCCAGCUCGGCAGCACACCCCGCCCUGUGGCACCCACGCACCUCUACCAGGCCGGCACUCCGAUGAUGCUGAUCUCCCAGCAGCAGCUGCCAUUCGCCAAUCCGCAGAGCCCCGCCUACUUCAUUCCACCUGGACAGUGCCGGCCCACAUACGUGACCCCGCCUCAGCAGUACCCCAUGGCCAGUGGAAUCCCUGGAUUCUACCCCGGGACCAGCCCUGCAAAAUAUGCAGGAACGUAUUACCCAGCACAGCCACAGUACCCUCCCACUGUUGCCGCUGCGUCCGUCAUCUUAAGCUCCGCCCAGCCACAGCCCACGCCACAGCUGCAAGUCCAGUCUAUGAGGGGGCGACCGCAGAUUAGAAUACGCGACCCCAAUCAGGGUGGCCGCGACAUCACAGAGGAGAUCAUGUCAGGCGGCAGGACCACCCCAACGCCGACCCCCCCGCCGUGCGGUGUGGGCAGUCCUGAGGGAGACGGGCCAAUCCAGGCCAACGGGGUGCGUGAGCCGACCAACCAGCUGAACCAACCAGCUGAUGCAGACACACCAGAGUCUGGAGAAGGUUCCGCGGCCCCAGCCCCUGAGACCUUGCCCCUGCCCCCCACCAGAAUCCCCAAGCCCGUCCCCACAGCGCCCCCUGCAGACGAGACUGGCGCCGAUGGGGAUAAUCCGGUCUCCGCCCAGGCGGAGGAGCUCCUUCCACCCGGAGAGACCCCGAAACGCUCGCCCCCUCCAUCCCCUACACCCCCCCCAUCCCACUCGGCCAGCGACAGCGAGGACGCCCCCCUGCCCGCCCCCGCCCCCGCCCCCGCCGCCUCGCCGGCGGGCGAACGCCCAGUAACCACGGCAACAGGAGAGCAGUUCCCUGUGCCUGAGACAGAGGAGGAGGAGGAGGAGGAGGAAGAGCAGGAGGAGAGCCUGACAGAAAAGCAGCAGGGGGAACCGGCUCGGGCGGUUGUCGAUGCCGACCCAGGCCCCGCCCCCAGCCCGGCUCCCGACUCCUCCAGGAGCCCUGCAGCGCCCGCGGACGCGCCUUCCGGACUGAGCAACGGGACCGCCGUGGCCCCCCCGCCCUCCGGGCCCCACGGCCCCCCCGAGGCCCCCUCCUCUCGGCGGCAGGAGCUCCGCCUCCCGAACGGCCUGGGCCCCGUGCCGAGCAGCCCCGUCGUCACGGAAACAACCCCCGCAGACGCACGGACGGGUCCGCACCCUCCCCCAGGGGAAGAGGAGGCCCCUGACAGGACCGCCCCUGUGCAAGCCUCAGAGUCCGCGCCCACAGGAAGGAGGAAAGAGGCGCAGGAGGAGCCGAACAGGGAGGAGCAGAUGGGAGGCGUCCUGGAGGCCUUUAAAGAGGAGCAGGCAGUGGAGGGUCCUUCUGAGUUGGAGCAGGCCCAAGCAGACGUGCCUCAUGACCAGCCUGCCAUGCCGACCAGCAAGCACCUCCCUUCCUCGCCCACCAGCGAGCCCAGCCCUGCCACGCCCACCAGCGAUCCCAGCCCUGCCACGCCCACCAACGAUCCCCGCCCUGCCACGCCCACCAGCGAUCCCAGCCCUGCCACGCCCACCUUAGAGCCCCGCCCUACCACGCCCGCUGGGGAGCCAGACGAGGAGGAAAAGCAGGACCCCGGCAGCCUAAAACCCGAGGCCCUCAAGCUUGGAGACCUGAAAUAUCAGUACAAAAGAGAACAGUGGAAGCCCAUCGACCAGGAGGAGAAGAAGAGGUACGACCGUGAGUUCCUGCUGGGCUUCCAGUUCGCCGGCGUCAGCAUGCACAAGCCUGAGGGGCUGCCGCACAUCAGCGACGUGGUCCUGGACAAGGCACACAGGACCCCCCUGCGCCCCGUGGACCCCAGCCGUAUGACGGGCAUGAGCUGCGGUCCAGACUUUACCCCCUCCUUCGCCAACCUGGGCAGGCAGCCCACGGGCAGCCGAGCCCCGCCCCCCGGGAUGGGCGGAGGCCGCCGGUCGCAGCAGGGCCAGCGGAAGGAGCCGCCGCGGAAGAUCAUCGCCAGCGUGUCGCUCAGCGAAGACGUGCAGCUCAACCGGGCAGACAAGGCCUGGAAGCCGUCCGCCCGGAAGGGGGCGGGGCCUGGGCCGGGGGCGGGGCCGGGGGCGGGGCCGGGGCCAGGCGGGCGGGGCCAGGAGGACCCCGACGCGGCCCGCACGCAGGAGCUCUUCCGCCAGGUGCGCAGCGUCCUGAACAAGCUGACGCCCCAGAUGUUCCAGCCGCUGAUGAAGCAGGUGAGCGAGCUGGCCAUCGACACCACGGAGCGGCUCAAGGGCGUCAUCGACCUGGUCUUCGAGAAGGCCAUCUCCGAGCCCAACUUCUCCGUCGCCUACGCCAACAUGUGCCGCUGCCUCACGGGGCUGAAAGUCCCGACCGCGGAGAAGCAGACGGUCACUGUGAAUUUCCGCAAGCUGCUUCUGAACCGCUGCCAGAUGGAGUUUGAGAAGGACAAGGACAACGACCAGAUCUUUGAGCAGAAGCAGAAGGAGAUGGAGGCCGCUGCCACGGAGGAGGAGAGGCAGCGGUUGAAGGAGGAGCUGGAGGAGGCCAGGGAAAUGGCCCGGAGACGGUCGCUGGGCAACAUCAAGUUCAUCGGGGAGCUGUUCAAGCUGAAGAUGCUGACGGAGGCCAUCAUGCACGACUGCGUGGUGAAGCUGCUCAAGAGCCACGACGAGGAGUCCCUGGAGUGCCUGUGCCGCCUGCUCACCACCAUCGGCAAGGACCUGGACUUCCAGAAGGCCAAGCCCCGCAUGGAUCAGUACUUCACCCAGAUGGAGAAAAUAAUCAAGGAGAGGAAGACCUCGUCCCGAAUCCGAUUUAUGCUGCAGGACGUGCUGGACCUCCGACAGAACAGCUGGGUUCCCAGGAGGAGCGACCAGGGCCCCAAGACCAUCCAGCAGAUCCACAAGGAGGCGGAGCUGGAAGAGCAGCGGGAGCAGGUCAAAGUUCAGCAGCAGCUCCUGUCCAAGAAGGACAUGCGCGGAGGCGGGGCCGGGCCUGGGGGCGGGGUCAGAGGCGGGCCACACGCCGGGCCAGGGGGGCGUGGCCCCCAUCCCCAGGACGAGGGGUGGAACACCGUCCCCGUCUCCGCCAAAAGCCGGCCGAUCGACACCAGCAGGCUCAGCAAGAUCACCAAGCCAGGAACACUGGACUUCAACAACCAGCUUCUUGCCCCUGGGGGUAAAGGAACGUGGGGCAGUUGGGGCAAAGGCAGCAGUGGAGGAUCAGGAUUCAAACCCAGCGGGGAGGCUGCUCCGGAGUCGGGACGUCCCGCCACCAGCACCCUGAACCGCUUCUCUGCCCUGCAGCAGCCCUCCUCCUCUCUGUCCCGCUCUGCCGAAAGCGACCCUAGGACCCCCCGGAGGAACAGCUCCAGCCGAGACCGCGGGGACCGCGGCGACCGGUUCGAGCGGCCCGAGCGGCUGGUCCGCGGCGGCGACAGACCGGACCGCCAGCGGCUGCCCGUCACCAAGAGGAGCUACGGCAGGGAGGGGGAGCCGGGCGGGCCCCGAGAGGCCCUGCGCAGGGUGUCCAGCAUGACCGACGACCGGGGCAGCCGGGACCGGGGCAGUCGAGAUCGGGGGACCCAGGACCGGGGCAGUCGGGACCGGGGGACCCAGGACCGGGGCAGUCGAGAUGGGGGGACCCAGGACCGGGGCAGUCGAGAUCGGGGGACCCAGGACCGGGGCAGUCGAGAUGGGGGGACCCAGGACCGGGGUAGUCGAGAUCGGGGGACCCAGGACCGGGGCAGUCGAGAUCAGGGGACCCAGGACCGGGGCAGCACCCGAGAGAUGGCUCAGCAUGAGACGGCCCCGAUGGCUCCGCCCACUUUGGCUCCGCCCAAGCCUGCGAUGAGCGAGGAGGACGUGGAGAGGAAGUCCAAGGCCAUCAUUGAGGAGUACCUGCAUAUCAACGAAAUGAAGGAGGCGCUGCAGUGCGUGCGGGAGAUGGACGCGCCUCAGCAGCUCUCCGUGUUCGUGAGGACCGGCGUGGAGUCCACGCUGGAGCGCAGCGCCAUCGCCCGGCAGCACAUGGGGCUGCUGCUGCACCAGCUGCUGAAGGCCGGGACCCUGCCCCCCCCGCAGUACUACAAGGGCCUACAGGAGAUCCUGGAGGUGGCCGAGGACAUGGCUAUCGACAUCCCCCACAUCUGGCUCUACCUGGCUGAGAUCAUCACCCCCGUGCUCCACGAGGGAGGCAUCCACAUGAGCCAGCUCUUCAGGGAGGUCUCCAAGCCGCUUCUCCCCCUGGGAAAGGCCGCUGUCCUGCUGGUGGAGAUUCUGCUCCUGUUGUGUAAAGGAAUGAGCCAUAAGAAGGCGGGGCUGCUUUGGAGGGAGGCGGGGCUCAGCUGGAGAGACUUCCUGCCGGAGGACGAGGACGUCAACAAAUUUGUCACCGACAUGAAGGUGGAGUUCACCCUGGGAGACGAUUUGGAGACGGCGAGCAGGAAGGGGCUGCCGCCUGCGCAGCUGCAGCAGCAGCUGGACGAGCUGAUCCUGCAGAAGGCCGACAACCAGAGGGUCUUCGAUUGGGUGGAGGCAAACCUCGACGAGCAGCAGGCCUCGUCCAGCCAGCUGGUGCGCGCACUGAUGACUUCAGUCUGUCAGUCGGCCAUCAUCGGUGAGAACCCGUACAAGGUGGACGCUGAGCAGGUGACCCAGAGGGCCAAGCUGCUGCAGAAGUACCUGACGGACGAGCAGAAGGAGCUGCAGGCUCUCUAUGCGCUCCAGGCCCUCAUGGUCAAAAUGGAGCAGCCGGCCAAUCUCCUGCGGAUGUUCUUCGACACGCUCUACGACGAGGAUGUGAUCAAGGAGGAGGCCUUCUACAGGUGGGAGUCCAGCAAGGACCCCGCCGAGCAGCAGGGCAAGGGCGUGGCCCUUAAGUCCGUCAUUGCCUUCUUCACCUGGCUCCGGGAGGCCGAGGAAGAGUCCGAUAACAGUUAGGCCGUCUGGAGGGCGCCCCCUGGAGGGUUGGGAUGGAAUUGCAGGAGGAUGCACAGGGAGACGGAGAAAGUCCAAGAGAGGAGGGAGGGGGAUGAUCUUCCAGCUCAACAUGGCAAUCAUUACAUUCUUUUUUUUUUCUUUUUUUUUUUUUACCCUCCCAGUUUAUUCUCCCCUACCCCUGGAAAACUUUCUUUUGAAACGAAGCGAAAAUGACGAGGUUUCAUAACGCCGGACAGGCGUGUGAACUGCGAGAGCCGCUUGCUCCUGCGUUUCCCGGGGCGAUGGGCCCUGUUUCA